AAAUAUAAUUAUUGUUUGAAUAAUGAAGCUAAGUUUUGCAACUCUGCUUUUGGUGACACUUUUUCUUACUACUUUCUUCAUUCCAGCCACUAUAGCUGGUUCAGAUUUUUGUGAUUCAAAAUGUAACGUGAGGUGUUCAAAGGCAGGACGACAAGACAGAUGCUUAAAGUACUGUGGAAUAUGUUGUGAGGAGUGUCAUUGCGUUCCUUCUGGAACUUAUGGGCAUAAAGAUGAGUGCCCUUGCUAUAGAGACAAGAAGAACUCUAAGGGAGGGCCUAAAUGCCCUUGAAUUUACUUACUCUUUAGUAUUUACCCCCAAUUGUUGUUUGUAAAAA